AUGGACGGCGUGAGGAAGUUCUUCUACGGCCCCACGCCAGAGGAGCAAAAACGAAAAUGCAAGUCCCUUGUCCGUCAAAACACCCGCAAAAUCGACCGCGACAUCCAAAACCUCAAAGCCGUCGAAGCCAAAACCCGCAACCUAAUAAUCCAAGCCUCGAAGCGCGCCCAGAAGAACCCCUCACAAUCCAAACAAGCCGCCCAAGAAACACGACUGUUCGCCAGAGAACUGAUCCGCGCGAGGAAACAAAGUCAGAGGCUCGCGACGAGUCGAGCGACGUUGCAGAGUGUCGGCUUCCAGGUGGACGAGGCGUUUGCGAUGCGGAAGAUUGAGGGGAGCAUCAAGAAUGGCACGAGUAUAAUGAAGGAUGUGAAUACUUUGGUGCGAUUACCGGAACUUACGGGGACGAUGCGGGAGUUGAGCCAAGAGCUGGUGAAGUCGGGCAUUAUCGAAGAAAUGAUGGAGGACUCAAUGCCCAACAAUGAGUUGAUGGAGAACGAAGACGAGGAAGCUGAGUCCGAGGUGGACAAGGUACUGGGCGAGGUCCUCAAACAUAGGGUGCAGACUCCUGGUACUCAAUUACCGACCGAGCCUGUGGGUCCUGUCGAAGCGCAACCAGCCGAGGAGGAGGACGAGCUGGAUUCGGAGGAGAUGCUGGCUCAGAUGAGAGGGAGGCUAGAGGCAUUGAAGAGUUGA